AAAAAACAAAAUACAGGGCACUCGGAGGCGGCCACAGCGCAGAUUCGACUUCACUCGCUCGCAGUUCGCUCCGCGCCCUCUGCAACCAUGUCUGACAAACCCGAUAUGGCUGAGAUUGAGAAGUUCGAUAAGUCGAAAUUGAAGAAAACGGAAACGCAAGAGAAAAAUCCACUGCCUUCGAAAGAAACGAUUGAACAGGAGAAGCAAGCAGGCGAGUCGUAAUGAAGCGUGCGCCGCCAGUAUGCACUGUACAUUCCACAAGCAUUGCCUUCUUAUUUUACUUCUUUUAGCUGUUUAACUUUGUAAGAUGCAAAGAGGUUGGAUCGAGUUUAAAUGACUGUGCUACCCCUUUUCACAUCAAA